UCCCACUCUAUCUAUCUAUCAUCGCUCUCAGCAUAAUAUUGACUGUCCUUCUACUUUCUCUCUCUAAAACUCGCACACAAUUGCCAUCGUGCUGCUCCCGUAUACGAGAUAUAGAGAUACGUAGAUACAUAUACUAGAUUAUAGUGGUAACAUUUAUCCGGCAAUUGAAGCUGUCAGCGGCCGGCAUUUGGCUUCGUGAGAUUGUCAAUACACAAAAGGAAAGAAGAUCUCGUUGGUGAUUUGAAGAGCGAAGUUCAGUAACAAUGGAAUCACAACAACAUAGAAGAGGAGGAGCCGGCGGAGGCAAUGGCUUCGCAUCGGUUUCACCAUCCCAAACGCCGAAGUCGAGUGAUAAGGCGGCGAGAGAUCUACGAUCGGGGGAGGGGAGUAUGAGUGGGAAGCAUGAUAAGGAUAAAGGCGUCAAUGUACAGGUCAUUGUCCGGUGCAGGCCGCUGAGUGAUGAAGAGACGAGAUUGCACACGCCGGUCGUGAUAUCUUGCAAUGAGAACAGAAGAGAAGUGUGUGCUGUCCAGAACAUAGCUAAUAAGCAAAUUGAUAGAACGUUUGCUUUUGAUAAGGUCUUUGGCCCGACAUCCCAGCAAAAGGACUUGUAUGAUCAGGCUGUCUGGCCUAUUGUCUUCGAAGUUUUAGAGGGCUAUAACUGCACGAUUUUUGCCUAUGGGCAGACUGGAACAGGGAAAACUUAUACGAUGGAGGGAGGAGGAAGGAAAAAGAAUGGGGAAUUUCCUAGUGAUGCAGGUGUAAUUCCAAGAGCUGUCAAGCAAAUAUUUGACAUUUUAGAAACUCAGCAUGCUGAGUACAAUAUGAAGGUGACUUUUUUAGAGCUCUACAAUGAAGAGAUAACAGAUCUCUUGGCUCCUGAGGAAGCCCCAAAAUUCUUGGAUGAUAAAUCAAAGAAACCAAUAGCACUUAUGGAGGACGGUAAAGGUGGAGUUUUCGUGAGAGGCUUGGAGGAGGAAAUUGUUUGUACUGCAAAUGAGAUUUAUAAGAUAUUAGAGAAAGGUUCUGCUAAAAGGCGUACAGCUGAAACCCUUCUCAACAAACAGAGCAGCCGUUCUCACUCGAUAUUUUCUAUAACUAUUCACAUAAAGGAAUGCACACCUGAAGGGGAGGAAAUGAUUAAAUGCGGGAAACUGAAUCUUGUUGACUUGGCUGGUUCUGAGAAUAUCUCCCGUUCUGGUGCUAGAGAGGGAAGAGCAAGGGAAGCGGGUGAAAUCAACAAAAGUUUGCUUACUCUUGGUCGGGUGAUAAAUGCUUUGGUGGAACACUCUGGUCAUAUACCAUACAGGGAUAGCAAACUAACAAGAUUACUGAGAGAUUCUUUGGGAGGAAAAACAAAGACAUGUGUGAUUGCCACUGUAUCACCCUCCAUUCACUGCCUGGAAGAGACGCUCAACACUUUAGAUUACGCUCAUAGAGCCAAAAACAUAAAGAACAAACCAGAGAUUAAUCAGAAGAUGAUGAAAUCUGCAAUGAUUAAAGAUCUAUACUCUGAAAUUGACAGACUGAAGCAAGAGGUGUAUGCUGCUAGAGAAAAGAACGGGAUUUAUAUACCAAAAGAUCGUUAUCUGCAGGAUGAAGCCGAGAAAAAGGCAAUGGCUGAGAAGAUAGAACGCAUGGAGCUUGAUGUGGAAUCCAGGGACAAGCAAUUUGUGGAGCUUCAGGAACUUUACAAAUCUCAACAGCUAUUGACAGCAGAGUUAAGCGACAAACUUGACAAAACUGAGAAAAUGCUGCAGGAAACUGAGCAUGCUUUGGCUGAUCUGGAGGAACAGUUUAGACAAGCUAAUGCCACAAUAAAAGAAAAGGAGUAUCUGAUAGCCAAUCUUCUGAAGUCUGAGAAAGCACUUAUGGAGCGGGCGUUUGAUCUUCGAACAGAACUGGAGAAUGCUGCAUCAGAUGUCUCCAAUUUGUUUGCUAAGAUUGAGCACAAGGACAAAAUAGAAGAUGGAAACAGAAUUCUUGUCCAGAAGUUCCAAUCACAGCUAACGCAACAGCUUGACAUCUUGCAUAAAACUGUGGCAGCUUCAGCCACACAACAAGAGCAACAAUUAAAGGAUAUGGAAGAAGAUAUGCAGUCCUUUGUAUCCACAAAGACAGAGGCUACUGAAGAGCUUCGAAGCCGCCUCGAGAAGUUGAAAACCAUGUAUGGUUCUGGUAUAGAAUCUCUUGACAGUUUAGCUGGGGAACUUGAUGGGAAUUCACAGUCAACUUUUGGACAUCUAAAUUCUCAGGUCUCUGAGCAUUCAUCCUCUCUGACAAAGCUUUUCAAUAGCAUUGCUUCAGAGGCUGAUAAACUGCUGAAUGAUCUUCAAAAUAGUCUUCACGGUCAGGAGAGCAAACUAAUUGCAUUUGCACAGCAGCAACGUGAGGCUCAUCAAAGAGCUGUCACGACAACAAGGUCAAUUGCUCAAAUAACUGUCAACUUUUUCAAAACUUUGGAUGCGCAUGUUUCACAAUUAGGCCAAAUUGUAGAAGAAUCACAGACAGUCAAUGAUAAACAAUUAUCUGAUCUAGAAAGGAAGUUUGAGGAGUGUGCUGCCAAUGAAGAAAGGCAGCUCUUAGAAAAAGUGGCAGAGCUGCUUGCUAGUUCAAAUGUCAGGAAGAAACAACUGGUGCAAACAUCAGUUAAUGGCCUCCGCCAGAGUGCAGCCACUAGAACUAAUCGAUUACAACAGGAGAUGUCGACAAUGCAAGUUGCAACUGCAUCUGUUGAAGCAGAAUGGACAAAUUACAUGGAGCAGGCUGAAUCCCAGUAUAUUGAGGAUAAUGGUGCUGUGGAAAGUGGGAAAAAGGAAAUGGAAGUGGUUCUUCAGAACUGCUUGCAAAAGGCAAAAUUGGGUGCACAACAGUGGAGUGAUGCCCAAGAAUCCUUGUUCAAUUUAGAGAAGAGGAACGUGGAUUCUGCCGAUAGCAUAGUGAGGCGAGGAAUGGAUGCCAAUCAAUCCUUACGUGCACGCUUUUCUUCAGCCGUGUCAUCCGCCCUUGAAGAUGCUGAUGUCGCAAGCAGGAAUCUCCUUUCUUCUAUUGACCAUUCACUGCAACUUGACAACGACGCAUGUGGUAAUCUUGAUUCACUGAUUGUUCCUUGCUGCGGUGAGCUGAGGGAACUGAAGUGUGGACAUCACCACAAAAUUGCGGAAAUCACAGAAAAUGCAGGAAAAUGUCUUCUAGAAGAAUACUUGGUCGAUCAACCAUCCAGCGCUGCUACGCCAAGAAGGAGGGCGUACAAUCUUCCAAGUAUUGCUUCCAUUGAGGAACUCAAAACCCCUGCUUUUGAAGAAUUAUUGAAUUCCUUUUGGGAUGCAAAAACAUCAAAGCAAGCAAAUGGAGAUGUAAAGCAGCAUAUAGUUGAAGUUGCUUCUCCCUUGAAAGAUUCUAGAGUUCCCCUCACUGCUAUUAAUUAAUAGAAGAGGGACUUAGAUUCUUAUAUAGGUAGCGUAGUAGACAAUAUAGCAGCAGUAAGAAACUGUACAGGACAUAGCUUCAGUAUGUAGAGUUAGUUACCAACUUAUUUGUUGAUUGUUUUAUCAAUUCGUUUCUAUGGCGGCGGUUUAUAGUCCGCUAGCAGCAGAUUACCUCAUAUCUUUGUUGGUAUUCUUCAAUUUAUAUUUUACUUUAGGGUCAGGGAUUGGCGAUGGAGUUUCAGUCCUUGAAAUUCCUUGAGGGAGGAUAAUAGAGAUGAGUGAUUUUGCAUGUUUUGGAUAAUUGAAUGAGGCUCUUCUAGCCCCUCCUCUCUGUAAGAUGCAUUAUACUAUCACAGUGAGCUCUCUUGAUGAUUGAUCAUAAA